UAGAGAGAGAAACUGAUUCGCCACUCAGAGUACAGAGAAAAAUUCUUAUUCUGCAACUUCCAUUUACUCCAUGGCUAGAGAGGUUAACAAGCAAGGCAGAGUUAAGGUUCCUUUCAGCGGAGAAGACACUGCUUCUCUGUUGCAACGAUACGAUGCACCAACGGUUUUGACGUUGCUUCAGGAAUUGGCGAAUUAUCCGCAUUCCAAGUUUAACUGGUAUGAUUUGGCGGCCAAAACGUCAACCGGAAUUUCUAAAGCUAGAGAGUAUCAAAUGCUGUGGCGACAUUUGGCGUAUGGUCACUCCAUGGAAAAUUUGGACGACGAUGCUCAACCUUUGGAUGAUGACAGUGACUUGGAGAACGAACGAGAAGCAUUACCCCGCUUAAACAGAGAAACUGCAACCGAAGCUGCAGCAUUUGUUAAGGUAAUUAUUGCAUCUUUUAAACUGGGUGAAUCCAGUCCUUCGAGUUCAGUGAUUGAAGCUCCGUUGACUAUAAAUGCUCUAUCUACCACUGAUAACAAUGAAAGUUGGAGCAACACCGAUAUUAUUUUUCCAGUAACAGUGAAGAGACAGACACUGCCAAAUACAUCAUCAACCAGAGUUGUAGAAGCCAGUGGUUCAGUCCGUAGUAACACAUUUAUUAAAAAGAAAAGAGAACCAUGGUCGGAGCAAGAAGACCUGCAAUUACGAGAUGCCGUUCAGAGAUGGGGUGAAGGUAACUGGGCAACUAUGAUUAAGAAAGAUGACUUCCCUAUCAAGAGGAGCACCUCACAAUUAUCUAAGAGGUGGAGCACAUUGCGAAAGAGAGAAGGCGACAUCAAUUGAUAUCACAACCUACCCCCUGAACUCACAACUGAUCACUCAAUUUUAUUUGUCCUCUUGAUGAACAAUUCAUUACGAAUUAUCAAUGUGAUUUUGAUUGUUUUUAGUUCUGAAAAAUUGCACACCAUCUCUAAAUUCAAUAUUUGUCUAUAGUCAUUUUCAU